AUAUAUAAAAACAUACGACAAUACCAGAAAGUACGCAAUUUUCAUUUCGUAGUGAAUUUGAGUACUUUACCUACAGUGAAGUGAAACACUGUCGAGAAAGAGGGAAACGAACAAGACGCAACCAAUAUAGUGAAAAUUUAUAUAAAAAAAAGUACAUAUAUAUAUUUAAUAGGUUUAAGUAUUAAACUCAAAAGACGAAGAGGUAAUAAUACAACAAAAAAAAUUAUGCACACACGGUUUAAAAUGGCUACAGAGUCGGAAUCGGCUGCAGAAUUCUCGGUAGAGCGUAUUGAGGACAAACGUGUAAUAAACAACAAGGUUGAAUAUUACCUGAAGUGGAAGGGUUAUCCAAGAAGUGAUAAUACUUGGGAACCUGUAGAAAAUUUAGACUGUCCUGAUUUGAUCGCCGCAUAUGAAGAAUCCAUCAAGUCCAAAAAAGAUAACAAAAAGCGACCUAAUUCAACACCGCUUAACGACUCCAAAAAUAAAAGAAAGGUUGUCGAAGAUGAACGCGAUGGUCGCAAGUGCAUGGGAUUUGAUAGGGGCCUUGAGCCAGCACAAAUUAUUGGUGCUACUGAUACAUCUGGAGAGCUCAUGUUUCUAAUGAAGUGGAAAGGCAGCGAGGAAGCCGAUUUAGUGCCUGCCAAGCAGGCUAAUGUAAAGUGUCCACAAAUUGUUAUACAAUUUUAUGAAGAGCGUCUUACCUGGCAUACGAGCAGUAAUGAUGAAGAUAAAAAUAAUACAGGCAAAGAGAAUGCCGAUUAAAUAACAAGAUCAACAAAAUCAACUAAAUCAUCUUAAUCUAUUAAUAAGUAAAAUAUGCUCAUCCGAAGAGCAACCGUUUAAAAAG